CUACAACUACAGUGGCUGACACAACUGCAGCUGAUGCUACAACAACAGUUGCUGAUGCAACAACGGCUGAUGUUACAACAGCAGUUGCUGACACAACUACAGUGGCUGACACAACUACGGCAGAUUCUACAGCAGCUGAUGCUACAAGUACAGUGGCUGACACAACUACAGCUGAUGCUACAACAACAGUUGCUGAUGCAACAACGGCUGAUGUUACAACAACAGUAGCUGACACAACUACAGUGGCUGACGCAACUACGGCAGAUACUACAGCAGCUGAUGCUACAACUACAGUGGCUGACACAACUGCAGCUGAUGCUACAACAACAGUUGCUGAUGCAACAACGGCUGAUGUUACAACAGCAGUUGCUGACACAACUACAGUGGCUGACGCAACUACGGCAGAUACUACAGCAGCUGAUGCUACAAGUACAGUGGCUGACACAACUACAGCUGAUGCUACAACAACAGUUGCUGAUGCAACAACGGCUGAUGUUACAACAACAGUAGCUGACACAACUACAGUGGCUGACGCAACUACGGCAGAUACUACAGCAGCUGAUGCUACAACUACAGUGGCUGACAUAACUGCAGCUGAUGCUACAACAACAGUUGCUGAUGCAACAACGGCUGAUGUUACAACAGCAGUUGCUGACACAACUACAGUGGCUGACGCAACUACGGCAGAUACUACAGCAGCUGAUGCUACAAGUACAGUGGCUGACACAACUACAGCUGAUGCUACAACAACAGUUGCUGAUGCAACAACGGCUGAUGCUACAACAACAGUAGCUGACACAACUACAGUGGCUGACGCAACUACGGCAGAUAAUACAGCAGCUGAUGCUACAACUACAAGGGCUGACACAACUGCAGCUGAUGCUACAACAACAGUUGCUGAUGCAACAACGGCUGAUGUUACAACAACAGUAGCUGACACAACUACAGUGGCUGACACAACUACAGCUGAUGCUACAACAACAGUUGCUGAUGCAACAACGGCUGAUGUUACAACAACAGUAGCUGACACAACUACAGUGGCUGACGCAACUACGGCAGAUACUACAGCAGCUGAUGCUACAACUACAGUGGCUGCCACAACUGCAGCUGAUGUUACAACAACAGUUGCUGAUGCAACAACGGCUG